GGAAAGACUGCAACCAGAUCGGUUCCUUCCGGGUGUGUCGUCGCUGUACAUUUUUGGCGGCGGUUAUUCGUUGCUGUCGUGACCUCGGUGAACUUUGAAGCCUCUCGAGUUAGCUUCCCUUGCUAGAUGCUAAUAAAGAGACAUCGGAAGUGAUCGACACGCCGCGAAGCACAGAUCGAGCGUCCAGUGUUGGGAUUGUGUGAAAAUGUGCGAAAGGAGGACAGCAGAGUACGAGGAGGAACUUUCACCAACAAAAGAGGAGAAGGAGGAGCAACGUCAACUCCUGGACGCCGUUUCCAAGAAGCCUCAAGUUGUGUUACAGCGAUCAGAUGUCAGCAAGGAACAUCUUCACCCUGAGCAGCAGGAGUGGAGCUCCAGGAUGGAGGAGGAGGAGCCACAGCCCCCCCACAUGAAAGAGGAAAAGGAGGAGCCACACCCCCCUCACAUUAAAGAGGAAGAGGAGGAGCCACACCCCCCUCACAUUAAAGAGGAAGAGGAGGAGCCACACACCCCUCACAUUAAAAAGGAAGAGGAGGAGCCACACACCCCUCACAUUAAAGAGGAAGAGGAGGACCACAGCAUCAGCCAGGAGGGAGAGCAUCCUGAAGGCCCGGAGGAGUUCCCAGUGAUUGGCGUCCCUGUGAAGAGUGAAGAUGAUGAAGACGAUGAAGGUGAAGAUGAGGAGAAGAGAGAGGCGGAGCCUCCGAGCAGCAGCUCAACUCAACACAUGACAACAGAAGCCGAUGGAGACCACUGUGGAGGAUCACCAGCAGACAAGCUCUUAGCUCCACUAUCAGAUAGUGAGCACACGACGUCACACUCUCCUGACACUGAUGAUGAUGAUGAUGAUGAUGAAGACUCUACAGCUGAUAUGACAUGUCACCCUGACAACACACGCUUGAAAUGCCAACACUGCGACAAGACCUUCCAUGGCCACCGUCGGCUUAAGAGACACAUGAGACGACACACUGCAGAGAAACCAUUCAUGUGCUCAGUUUGCGGUAAAAGAUUUUCCCUAAGAACAAAGUUGAAAAAACACAUGAGAACCCACACUGGAGAGAAACCGUAUACCUGUUCAGUGUGUGGGUUGCGUUUUGCGAUAAAAUCAAAUUUGAAUGUACAUAUGAGAAGACACACUGGAGAGAAACCACAUUCCUGUUCAGUGUGCGGGAUAGAUUUUGCGAUCAAAUCUAAUUUGAAAACACACAUGAGAACCCACACUGGAGAGAAACCAUAUUCCUGUGCAGUGUGUGGGGUAGCAUUUAGCUAUACCCAGUCUCUGAAAAGACACAUGAUAGUACACACUGGGGAGAAACCACAUUCCUGUUCAGUGUGUGGUAAAGGUUUUGCAAGUAAAUGUGAGCUGAAAGCACACAUGACAACACACACUGUGGAGAAACCGUAUUUCUGCUCGGUGUGCGGUCAAGGUUUUUCACGAAAGGACGUUUUGAAAAGACACAUGAGACGACACACUGGAGAGAAACAUUUCUGUUCCGUGUGUGGCAUCAUUUUUGCACGGAAAGGAAGUUUAACAAUACACCUGCGGACACACACCGGAGAAAGACCAUAUUCCUGUUCGGUGUGUGGUAAAGGUUUUGCAAAAAAAAGUAAUUUGAAAACGCACAUGAGAAGACACACCGGCGAAAAGCCUCAUUCGUGUUCCGUGUGUGGAAGAAGCUUUGCAGAAAAACACAACUUGAUGAACCACCUGAGAAGACACACGGGAGAAAAACCAUAUCCCUGUUCAGUGUGUGGCAUGAGUUUUGCGCAACAGCCUAACUUGACAAGACACAUGAGAAAACACACAGGAGAGAAACCAUUUCCCUGUUCAGUGUGUGGUAAAGGUUUUGCAUGCAGUGGUGAUUUGAAGAAACACACGAGAAUCCACACGAGAGAGAAAGUGUUGAGUUGCAGCGUGUGUGAUGAACGAUUCUCUUAUAAGUACCAGCUUAACAACCACACGUGUGCUGGGGAGAACAGCAGCAGGAAGUGAAGCUGCACCGCUUCCUGAUGGGGAGAACAGCAGCAGGAAGUGAAGCUGCGCCGCUUCCUGAUGGGGAGAACAGCAGCAGGAAGUGAAGCUGCACUGCUUCCUGAUGGGAGAACAGCAGCAGGAAGUGAAGCCGAUAAGAUGAAUAGUUUCCACUGCAUUUCAGCCCUGCCACAAAAGGAGCAGCUGCCUCUGGUUAACAUAGGUGAGGGUGUUGACAAGGACAAAGGCUGGAGAUGACUCUGUGGUUGUGAUUGAGUGAGAAGACCAGACUGGAAGCUUUAAAAGGAGGCUUUUGUUCCUGCCUUGUUCCCCUUUAGACCACACCCACGUACAUAGCAGGUAUUUGACCUUUAGUCAACUCAUUAAAGCUGCCUGACAACUAUCUCUGUGUCCGUACUCUCUGACUGGCGUCCCUGUCCUAAGAUCCCAUCGGACCAGCA